AUGCCGCACCAAGAACAACCUGAGUUGCAGCCACUAUCAAGCACCACAUUUCAGAGGUGGUACAUGGCAGAUGGAGUGAAAAGAAUUCCGGUAAGAGAAGGACGAAUCCGAGGAACGCUCUUUCUUCCUCCUGGCGAAGGACCUUUUCCUGGUAGGUAUUCAUUUGUUAUCCACAGUUUCAUAAUCGUUUUCUAGAAGCAAGCACCCAUCAGACAGCUUUAAAGCUCUUUAAGGGGGGCCAUACUUUGGGAGCCUUAAAUCUUGUGUUGAAUAUUAAUUUAAUGGUAAAAAAAUUAGCGAUGAGUCAAGAAGUAGUUGCUAGUUAGAAAUCCAAAUGUCCAAUUUACUCUGCUGUCGCGUUUCUCGAUGGCACAACCGCUAAUACUUGUUUUUUCUUAUUUCUGUACAGUUUAAAAGAAUUACUUAUGGUUUAAAAAUAUAAAAAGAUAUAAGGCGUUAAUUUUAGGGAUGACAGAUUUGGUUGAUUUUUGCUCAUAUCUUGCUGGCAAACAUUAAAUUGUAAAAUCUGCCCUAUACAUGACUCACUAGAGAUGUUGACCGAUCUGUUUCAUUUAUUAAUAAAACCACUGGGUGGUGUCUUUUAUUCUUUCCACACACCUGGACACAAAGUCACGAUUUCCCAAUUUGUUACAACUGUGGCUUAAAGCAUUACCGUAAAGCUCGAUCUACCAAAUAAAAAACAACCUUUCUAAACUUCCAUCAUUUCACGAUCUCUUUAAAAUUUGAUCUAAAUCGCCUCUAAAACAGCCGAAAUAUAACCGUUUUAAAAGAUGUAGCACAAGCAAAAUUUUGCCUUGUGUCCCCCGCGGCUUAAGUGCGUGCAUUUCGAGCAUUUGCCUUCUGGUUCCUCUCGUGACCUUAUUACAGUUUUUACCAUUUCUUGCAUACCUAUAGUCAUGGCUUUUUCUAACAAUAAUUUAAGCUAGUAACAUUCUUUUCCGUUCCAAGAAAAUAUAUCAAUCGCAGUGUGGUAUGUAGUGCGCAUUGAUUGAAAAAAACUUGAAUUAGAAUAACGUCAAAACAAUACAGUCGACUCCUGAUAACUCGAACCCUCGCUAACUCGUACCCCGCGCUUAUUCAAACCAAAAUCGAUUUCCCCUAGAUUUCCGUCAUACAUUCACUGUAAUUUUACCCUCGGUAACUCGAACUCCCGCUAACUCGAACCAAUUUUCGUUUCCCUUCAGUUCAUUUUCUAUAUAAUUUUACCCUCGAUAACUCGAAAGUCGGGAAAAAAGCUGUCUACUGGCGUCCGAAACAUUGAAUUUGGGAUUUCCUAUUGACGUGUUAUAGGAGUAUAGUUUGCUAGUGGAGGCUAAUGUUGAUUGUCACAGGCUAACGUGAAGCAGCUUUUCUUCUCAAAACAGUAAAACGCAUGCUCUAUUUAGGCUAUGUUUUGUUACGUUACGUUCUGAUUUAUAAUCUAAAAGUAUCUUUAUGUUGAUUGUCACAGGCUAACGUGAAGCAGCUUUUCUUCUCAAAACAGUAAAACGCAUGCUCUAUUUAGGCUAUGUUUUGUUACGUUACGUUCUGAUUUAUAAUCUAAAAGUAUCUUUUAAUUUUCACUUGACAUUUCUACUAUUAAAUGUGAUUAAAAUGUUAAUUCACUGUGCAGUAAAAACUGUUUUUUACCUUUCUCUCGGCUAUUUUCCUCGAACUCCCGGUAACUCGAACUCCCGAUAACUCGAACCUUUUUCCAUUUCCCCUGAAGGUUCGAGUUAUCGGGAGUCGACUGUAUAAUGAUUAUCGCAAGGCACAUAUUUUGGCCUGUUCGUAAGCUAGGUUUAGCUUGGAAUUUGAAGGUACUGCAGUGAAUCAAUGUUAAUGAACGUUUGACACAUUAUAAUAUACAAACAUCACGAAGAUUACAUUAUGAUUUUUUUAAAGACUUGUAUAGAGCCGUUGAGAUAUAUGGAAAAGCGUUAAAAAUCAACAUUUUGCAUAAAGUUGCUCUUGGAAUGGCGUUUAGAGAAAAGGUAUGUUUACAAGAUGGCAGUAAUAAGUCGCGAUUAACUGUCUGGUUACACAAAGGCCCAAGCAUUUUCAAUUACAGACUUGAAUAUUUUUUUAUCUGGGACUUAAUGUUUCUGGACUGGGACUCAAUAUUUUUCACAAGAUGAGUCCCAGGACUCACCAUAACUAUUUGAAACCAAAAUCGCUGAAUAUAUAUUCAGGUCUCCAACUUUUCCACUGAAAAGCAAUACUACCCAAGUAUUUUGUUGCAUCAUUCUUGCACUUAACUCUUUGAAAAUAGGCAAGUAAUGUCCUUUUCUGACAAUCCCAAAGAACUGUUGUUUAUUUAAGCUACGCAGAUAUCCCUGCCAGUUUCUUUGUUUUGCCUGUGCUACACUGUAUCUAGCAUCAAUUUUGUUUGCCUUGUUCAUAUUCCUUAUGCACUCAAGAACAGUAAUUUAUCAAGUCACAAAAAAAAAACGUUUUCUUAGGACCUACAUCUGUAUGAGAGUGAAUCCUCACUUUUUUCUCUAAAUUCAAACAAUUUUAUACAGACACCCAGUGACUAAUAGUUAUUAGGACAAUGCAAGUAAGAAUAACUUAAGGAAUACAAAAACCUUUUUUCAGUCAACAGAUUCGGUCACAACUAAUGUUAGUUAAUCGUACUAAUACGGUUUCUUUCUUAUCAACUGUUUGUUGUAAUAAGACCUACAGUGUUCCAAAAUAACGCGCACUAUACAUACCUCCAUGACUAGUACAUUUUAGUUUGAAUUUAUCGGAUCUUUUGAAUGUAAAACAUUGACAAUACUCACACUGAAAUGUUCUGGUCAUGGAUAUAUGUAUUGUCCGCAUUAAUUUGGAAAAAUUAGCAUAACGUCAAAACAGUGAAUGAGUGUAGCGCGGAUUUUUGACUGGUUCGUAGGAUAGGUUUGUCUUGAAAUUUCAAGGUGUUGCAUUGAAUCAAUCUUAAUGAAAGUUUCAGACAUUAUUAUAUACAUUAUGAAGAUUAAGUGAAAAGAUUUUAAAAAAAUCCGUUCGAGUCGUUUCAGAGAUAUACAAAAAAGCCCUAAAAGUCUAAAUUUUGAAUGAAGUCGCAUCUAUACAGGAGGUGAGAAAACGGGUUGGUUUUUAAGAUCGCAAGAACGAAAAUACACCAAAAUUUCCUAGCAUCGAAAUAUGAUAUUAAGCAGCAUUCUGACGCUACUUAAGAAUAAUUUGAGUCAUUUAUAACGCUUUUUUAAAAAUAAUCUAUUAUGGCUGUUGAAAAUUUAAGGUUUGAAAUAUCGAGUAAUAUCGAUUUUACUAAAACCUACAUUUUUCUAGUAGUGUUUUAAUUUUUAACAAACAAUCGUAUGUGAAUAUGGUGAGUUUUAAAGAAAAUUCCCAAGACAUACAUGUACGUGGUCUAGACAACUCCAGAUAUAAGUGAUUUCAUUUUUAAAGGCUUCUUCAGCGGGCUUUUAAGGGUGUUUUUGAAAACUUGCUUCUAUUUUCAAGUUUUGCUACAAGGAAAAUGCUUAAAUUUUUAUUUUUUGUUAUUUUGAAAACGCCAUUAAAAAACAGAUUAAAACACCUUUAAAAACAGAUUAAAACACCAUUAAAAGCAGGUUAAAACACCAUUAAAGCAGGUAAAAACACCUUUAAAAACAGAUUAAAACACCAUUAAAAGUAGGUUAAAACACCAUUAAAGGCAGGUUAAAACACUUUUAAAAAACAGAUUAAAACAACUUUAAAAAUUGGUUAAAGCACCAUUAGAAACAGGUUAAAACACCUUUAAAAACAGGUUAAAACACAAUUAAAGGCAGGUUAAAACACCUUUAAAAAACAGGUUAAAACACGAUUUAAGGCAGGUUAAAACACCUUUAAAAACAGAUUAAAACACCUUUAAAAACAAGUUGAAACACCAUUAAAAACAGGUUAAAACACCAUUAAAGGCAGGUUAAAACACCUUUAAAAACAGAUUAAAACACCGUUAAAAACAGGCCAAAACACCAUUGAAAACAGCGUUAGACAACAUUUAAAGGCAGGUUAAAACACCAUAAAAAACAGGCUAAAACACCUUUAAAAACAUGUUAAAACACCAUUAAAGGCAGGUUAAAACACCUUUAAAAACAGAUUAAAACACCUUUAAAAACAGGUUAAAACACCAUUGAAAACAAGGUUAGACAACAUUUAAAAACAAGUUAAAACACCUUUAAAAACUGGUUAAAACACCAUUAAUAAUCAUUUAACAAGAUUUUGGUCAGUUUUAACGACAACGCAGAUGAAAUGAAAAAAGUGUUUUCGAAUCCGCGGAAUGUUUUUCUUGAAGAAGGGAGAUGCGACGGUGUAUUAUGUCGAUAUUGUAUAUUUGGGAAGAAGCAACAAUGUUAUAGCAGUUGGUUAAAACGGAUCAGUGACUUUGACGAAGCUCAUAGAAGUAGAUUUGAUCAUAAACAUGACGAGCUGGUCGUAUAUAUUUGUCGCACCUUUUUUCGUGUAAAAUCACGGCGUGUAAGGCAACGUCAGUCACCGAGGGCAUGCAUAAUAAUAGAACUCUCGGCCACAGAGCUGCAACAAAUCAUUUCAAGCUAGGUUACAGCUUCUCUUAAGUAGGCCCCUGGACAGCGCAUUAAUGCACUCCAUCAAUAAAGAUGUUUCGCCAAUUGCUAUAGAUACCAUGGCAUUUGGCCUACCAAUUCGGCAUGGCCGAACAUUGCCGUUUCUACGGAACGACACAGAAUAUGGAAAACUGUUUUUUUUGUGUCACGGGCUGUUUUCCUCGGCAUUCCCAAAAUGAACCAAAUGAUUCUCCAUUGCAAAUUUGUACUGCAGAGCAAAUGCAUUUUUCUAACGCAAAAAAAAAUCAAACAACAUGUUCUUUUCAAAUUGGACCAAAUAACCCGACAAGAGAAAAUUUAUCGUUGAACCGACUUUUUUCACAAAUUGGUCAAUAACAAGUGAACAAUGCAGACGGGCACACGUGCAAGAAAACCGACGCAUAUCUCUAUCUAUGUAUACAUCUCUCUAGAUGAAAACCUUUUUGAAAACGGGUGCAUAUAUAUUUUAUUUAUAUAUUCAUUUAUCUAAAAAUACUUCAACUCGUCAAAUCCCCUAUAUACCUGAAACCUGAAAAAGGUACCCGUUUCGGGCGAUGCAACAAUAUACCAAAAUGCUGGUUCUGUCUAUUCUCCAGGUGUCAUAGACAUGCUUGGGGAAGCAGGAGGACUUUUGGAAUUCAAGGCGUCUCUCUUAGCGUCUCAUGGAUUCGCUACUCUAGCACUGGCCUAUCUCAAUUUCGAUGAUCUACCAGAUGGUCUUACAAAUGAACGUGAUAUGGAGUACUUUGAGGAGGCAGCCAAUUGGCUGAGCAGUCACCCUAUGGUCUUACCUCAUGGGAUUGGUGUUCAUGCUAUAUGCGUUGGAUCACACAUCGCGUUAUUAAUGGCAAGCCUCCAAAUGAAAGCUGUUAAAGCCGUUGUGGCCAUUGCACCUGUUGUGCAUUCUUACCCUUCACCAUUUAAAUACAAAGGCAAGAUCUCAGAGGUGUCUCCUUUUGAACACAGCAAGAAAAUACAGACGGAAGCGGGAAGUAUUUGGCGUUAUGCCUUGCCAACAAUCACCGAUCUCGCCACUCCAGUUUCAAAGUACCCUUACCUAACACCAGUUGAGAAUAUUUCAUGUCCUCUUCUGCUUGUCUGUGGUACUAACGACCUCCUCCUUAAUGUCGACUUUUCGGUGAACCUGAUACAAGAUCGUUUAAAGAAACGUGGCAGAGAACAUUUGUGCUCCGUUUUACGUUAUCCUGGCGCAGGACAUCUUAUUGAGCCACCACAUACACCACACUGCUAUGCAAGUUACACAACAAACACGGGUCAAUGGUCAGGUGAUUUCUCCUUAGUGUGGGGAGGGGAGACGAAGUGUCAUGCAAGAGCACAAGAAGAUGCUUGGCCAAAAAUUUUAGCAUUCCUCAAAAGAAACAUUAUUGCUUAA